AUUUUUUUUUUCUUUACCCCGCACAGAUACGUACUUUCCGUUUUCGUCCUCUCUCUUUAUUUAUAUUAUAAUAUGUGGUGUCAAAAAUAUCAACAACCACUGAAAAGAGUUUUACUCUGUACACCUUUACGUACAUGUGCUGCUGCUACCAUUCAUACUACAACCAAACUGAAUAAUUUAAAAGAAAUUUUUGCACAAGGCAAUGAUGAAAAUGUUUAUACUGUCAGACCCAAUGGUUUCUGGAUGGACAAAAUAUUGGCUCAUGAAUCUAAAAAACCAAUCGUCAAUGCCAAUGCUCAACCUCGUAAAUUAAUUGACAAAACCAUGUUUGAUAGUUAUAUCGAGGAAUAUCUUCCUUUUAAAUCAGAUCCAGCACUAUUGGAUGAAUACAUCUUUUCUGAUGGUAAAAUUCGUACAGGCAAACUAUUAGAAGAUUUGGAUGCGCUUGCUGGUGCAAUUGCCUAUAAACAUAUCGAUAAUGGAGAUCCUAAUGCUCCUCCCAUCACGGUGGUCACUGCCAGUGUAGACCGAUUAGACUUGUUUUUACCCGAAGCCGGUAUUGAAAAUUACAAGUUGAGUGGUCACGUAAGUUACGUCGGUAACAGUUCUAUAGAGAUCUUUAUUAAGGCGGAAACGGUGCCUGAAGGAGAACGUCGUCUUCCCAAGAGCAAGAUUGAGAACCCCGAGAAUCUUGGUAUUUUAAGCAAAAACACAGUAUUGGCCACCCGAUUCACGAUGGUAGCCAUUGACCCUGCUACGCACAAGCCUGUCAAAGUUAACCCAUUAAAACUGACGUCACCUGCCGAAGAAAGAUUAUUCGAGAUGGCUGAAGCCAACAAGAAACGUAAGCGACGUGCUGCCGAGACAGGUUUACAUCGUCAACCUCCUACGCCCGAGGAACGUCUUGAUAUCCACGACAUCUUUCUGCAGUAUUCUCAGUACACCAACGGUACAGGUGAUGACGCCUUUAUGAACUCUCAAUCGUCUGAUGAAAUGCAGCCAUUGCCUUCUAACCUAGUUUGGAUGCGUGAUACAAAGAUUGAAAGUAAUUUUUUAAUGCAGCCUCAAGAUCGUAACCUGCACAACAAUAUCUUUGGUGGUUACUUGAUGCGUCGUGCCUAUGAAUUGGCGUAUGCAAAUACUGCUCUCUUCAUGAAGACUUCCUCACCUACCUUGUUGUCGAUGGAUGAAGUCACUUUUCGAAAGCCAGUGCAUGUGGGUACAUUAUUGAAUUUGAGAUCAGGUAUUGUUUUAUCCGAGGGAUACCCACAUCGGUCAGUACAAGUCCGUGUCAUUGCAGAGGUCAUUAAUAUUGAAAAGGGUACGCGUGAAACUACCAAUGUUUUCCAUUUCACCUUGGCUUCAGGAAACGAUAAAGUGAAAUUGCGUCGUAUCUUACCUAAAACCUAUGCAGAAACCAUGCUUUGGAUCGAUGCGAAACGUAGACGAUUCCAAGGUAUUCAUGCCAGGCAUGCCAUGCUAGAAGCCGGUAUUGAGCAACAUUAGUUAAAUAAAAAAAAAAAAGUGACUGAUGAACAAAAAAAAUUGCGGUAUUUAUUAAAUUACAAGGGGUGUGUGUGUGUGUGUGUAUGUGUGUGUAUUGCUUAAUCGAAAAGAG